AAAAGCACACACCAAUGUUUACGGGCGAAAUGUGUACAAUUUGAACGUAGAUUGGCUACAUAUUUGAGCAUGUCAACAGUGCUUAACGAUUUGUUUACAAGUGAGAUGUGUUCUGUAUAUGUACACUCUGUGUAAUUACCAGGAAUAUUAAACACACGAUUGUAAAUUGUGGAAGUCAACCCAUAACGACUCAGAAAUCACAGAAGCAGGGACCAACAAAUAGAAACGGAUGAACUGUCAUUUAAGUGACCAACUGAACAUUGAGUCGCAGUAUUAUAUGUGUGAGAAGAUAGUAGAUGCUGCAUUUCUAUACAUGUACAUGUACAUAUAUUGGAAAUUUAUAACAUAUACAAGUUGAGAGUCGUAAAUUGAGCCCAAUAUCAACUCAGAUGCCAUUAAUAUUCUGAAACAUCUGCUGGUGUGAAACAGUUGGUUCCUGAGCUUGUUUUAACAGGUAUUUAACUAGACUGAAGUGGCCUAGUGUUUGAUGUUAAUUGUGAACAUUAAUUGCCACACAGGGUGAGGGGUAAUUUUCAGACUGUAUGUAUUCUGGUACAUUUCUCUGAAAGUGAUGUUAACUCGCUGCUUUUGUGAAUACAUUUACAUAAAGUUCAAAGAAUUGGAAAUACAAUACUGAAUAACUUACUGCUUUCGAGGUAAUUUAAGUGCAUUUGAUGAAUAUAAAUUGAAGUGUGCUAAUUUGAAGUGUCAACGCACUCAUUAAAAUCUUAGUUCAAUGUGAACUUUAGAUAGGAUUCUUUAAAAAAAUGUCAUCGGAUAUUUAAAUUCGCUUAGGAAUACCACUCAGAACUUAUACCACAGUAAGCAGUUAAAUUCACUUGAUUUUUCAGCUUUUGAACUUCAGUUCAAAAGUGUGUUACUUUGUCGAUUGUUGCUAAUUUGAAAAUUUAAGGAAAACUUGACGUGAAAUUAAAUGACUUGAAAAACUUGCAUACUGCAAUAUAUGAUUGACUACGACUAACCAUACUGAUUUUUUUGUUAAUAUGUUUGUUUCUGUAAUGUCGGUCAUGCCAUGCGACUGGCCCGACUAAGUCUAAAGAAAUCGUGACUUCGGCUACAUUUGUAUGUGUUUCUGAUCAUCUCAUGUGUAUUCAGACAAAAAUGUUAUUCGUUUGGAUGGUAUUGCUGUGGGUGUGCGAAGGGCGAUCAGGAAUGGCGGCCGUCAACUCGCAGCACCUGCAAAUGACUGAUGUGCCCUGCACAGUAACCUCCCCCUUUGAGUCACCCUUGAUAUCUGCACACCUCGAGAAGCUGGUAACAAGCUCCGGCUGCGUCACCAACAACACCAACCCGGAAACGGGGGCCGAGGUGCACGUCAUUCGUUUCCAUGGCAAAUUGGAGGCGAACGUAGAGCUCCGCCUGGAAGACCCAUAUAAGACAAAUUUUGACAAGCCAAUCGUUGUCGUGCUGGCCUCUGAUGUUAAGGUGUUCUGGCACGUGAGGAUCCAGAAUCAGCCAGAGCAGCUUCAGCAGCACACCUUCAUUGUAUCACACCAGUCAGGAUUCAGGUUUGCAAACAAGAACAUCCGUACGCGUCCCAAGAUAAUCAAGCCCAAGACCGUGCCCUUUGAGACCUCUGACCUAGUGACCUGGGUCACCAGCAAGUUUACCACGGUGACGACCUUCACCUCCCUAGAUGGAGGUCAAGAGGUGACAUUGGACAUUGGGAAAGCUGUCAUGAUGCCCCAAGCACUGGGCCAGUCCUCAGAGUGCCUGAAUAAUCUGAUGCAGACUGGUACAGACCAGCAGUUGGCUGCCAGGGCGACCCAGUCUGUACAGCAACCACUCACGGGAUGUCAAAUCAGGCACAGAUUUACCCCAAACACUAAGAUUGUCUACGUUAUCGAGCUGAAAAAUGUUGACACAAGCACCCCGCUGAGGGUGGACGUCCACUUGACCCUGGAGAGCAAUCCCGAGCCUGAGCCCCAGACGGAGGGUCAGCAGAGGUUCCGGUCUCGCCACGGCAACCAUGGUCGUCAGGGGCAGCAGGACAAGUCCUUCUGGUUGGUGCUCAAGUCGGCGCCGAACGUUCAGUGGUACGCCCAUUGCAAGCAGAAGGACGGAUUCAUCGCGAUACUGCACAACAGUGAGAGCACUGUGGACGGGGAGGGGCUGAAACCUGAGUACGAGGCGCGGGUGGAGCUACUUAAGGAGUCUGGCAUGGACCUGGUGCGUUGGGCCUCCUACUACCUCGACUCCGUGGCCCUCUACACCGCCGUCAACAACAGCAAUCGCAUAGAUAUCAAAGUGCCGUACAUUGUAGAGCAGAAGUUGGCCCCUCGACAGAUAAAGGAAGUCCUGAAGAAUUCUAUGACGCUCGAGUGUGACAGCGAGCAGGUCACCGUGGCCGUUCCAAGACGUGAACUGGAGAGCCUGCAAUUGAAAGUCAACGACCUGACUCUGCUAGACAGCAGUUGCACAGCGGAACGCAACUCCACACACGUAUACAUCAGCUCCCAAACGGGUACUUGCCAAACGGUGACCAGUAAAAUUCAUUCAGGCAUUGCACACAGUAAUGUGCUGGUGAUUCGUACCCCUUCCUCGGUGACAGACCAUGACGUGGAUGACGACAGUAUCUACGGUAGCGGCAUGGAAGACAUCUUUUCUGGGUCGGGUGACGGGGGGAUCGUGGAUGAUGAAGAUUUCACUGCACGUAGCAUGAAGGUGGAGUUCACUUGUGAGGCCGCUGUCGACAAGCGCACAUCACUGUCACCAGCUACGGUGUUCACUCUGCACAUGUAUGACAACUCCUUGUUCAUGGCCCCUAUCAGCGUGUUCCCCGUGACAGUAUCCAUGACAACCAGCUCCCUAUACGUCCAGGCCCUUGCCAGCGCUGACCCCACACUGAGGGCCCACAUGCUGAACUGUUGGCUAGGGGCUGACAAUUCCGACAAGAAGCCAUUUGUCUAUAAACUGGUCGAAAAUGGGUGUCCAGUGGACCCCAGUGUUGAGUACCUACAGAGCGGCAUACCCCAGUCUGAGAGACUCAGAUUCACGAUGGAGAACUACGCUCCUCCCAGCAGUAUCGGGGUUCAUGUCCGUCUUACAUGCGAUGUGUCUCUGUGCUGCAUUGUGGGUGACUGCGGGGCAAAUGACUUCCCCAUGUGCCAGGACAGGAGCCGUGGUUGUCAUGGCAAUACUGUACAUAGCAAGACAAACACUGCGAGCACAGAGAUUUCACUUGGGCCUGUCAUACUCACGCAGAUUUCUACAAAAUAUCAAGAGCCCUCAGUGACCCAGGUCACUGACUCUGCGGGGUCAUCAAGGUCAGGGGUCAAAGAGGGGUCAAGGUCGGAGCCCGUGAUCAUCGAAGGACUGGAGUCGGGGACGGUGAUAGGGAUUGCGUUCGCAGCCUUCAUCAUCGGGGCCAUGAUGAUGGGGCUUCUCUGGUUCAUCCACUCCCACUCAGGGUCUUUGUUUUCAUCAGGUCCGUUCAAACAGAACUCAGCUGCUCACAACAACAUGGAGAAUGACGAUGUCUACGUAGAGACAACUCCCGGCUCCUCCGUACCGAUUUCCACAUAGUCAAUUACCUCCCUUGACAACAGAAUGACCAAGUCUACCUCCUCAUCAGCCACUUGACUUCUAGGCACUUUAGAAAGCGUUAAUAGCUGCCAUCAUGUAGAAACGAUCGUGACGUUUACUGAAGCAUCAGCAUUAAGUCAUUUUUUAGAACUUUUUUAAACUGCUGUGGGAAAUGGGGGUUAUUUAUUUAGCUGCAUGACAUUUUCUUGAAUAUUUUCAAUUUUUAAAAGUUAACUCAUUCAUCAAGGUUUUUUUUGUAAACGAUGGUGCCAUUAUUUAUAAAUGUUCCAUGUAUUAAGACAGCUCAGGUUAAGGUUUAGCACUUUGCAGGGAUUCUAUAAAUAGUCUGCUUCUAAUAAUAACUAGUAUUCCCCCAUGAUGAUACUAUUAUUAAACGCUCUGGGUCUAUUUAUAGUAUCAAGAAAUCACACAUCUGCCUUUCUGUAACUGAGCUCAGAAGUUAAUUAAUAUUACCUCAUUUACAUCCCAUUAAGUAUUUAUCAAAAGGGAAAAAUACCUUAACAGGCCAGUUUUCAUUGUUGAAUGUUUGUGUAUGUAUAUAUAUUGAACAUAAAUUUAUUUAUUGACUUAUUUUAACAUUUAUUAUUACUGAAAAUGUUACUUUGACCUCUCAAUAGAUCAUCUAUAAAUGAUCUUGCCAAUUCAGGUUAUUUAUAAAACAGGUGUUAAGGGGUGUUAUAUGUGAGUAUUUAAUUUUGUUUUAUUGUUGGGACAUGAAGCCCAAGGGCCUUUGAAGUGUGAAGAAGCAUAAAGUGCUACAGAUGUUGGUGUUUGAAGUAAAGACUUUUUGAAAUUUGUCUUUACCUGUAAUUACCACAAAAGCUUGAGUAGAUCAUGAUUGAGUUGAACAUCGUAAAGGAUUGGGUUUUUGAAAACAGAAUGAUGAUAUUGUGAAGUGUUCAGUGAAUUUAUAUAACAAAUUUACUUUAUUUACAUGGUGUAAAUGAAGUGAAAUGAAAUGUAUCAAACAUUCAGUUAGUGUUGAUAGUGUACAAAAAAUUGACAAAAGUCAAUGACACUGAGUGACAACUUACUGUGAACAUGUUUUUAGCAUGGAUUUGAAACUGUUCAAAUCUAGUGUGUUUUUUCCUCAGGAAUCUGUUGAUACGUGUGAAAACAUAAUGAUCAUCUGGUAUGUGUGUGUGCCUCUGUUUGGAGAAGUGUCUGAUUUUACCUACCUUCUAAGGCUGGAUGAAUAUGGAGGUUUUCAGAAAGCGGACAGCAAAGAAAUAGGAAAAUUCUGCAAAAAAAAUGUCUUUGAUUAUCACUCUACAUUUAUGGCUAAAAUAAUAGAUGUUGAUGGUCAAGAGCAAGUGUUUUAUAUAUGAUGAUUGUUACUUGCAUAGCUACCAAUAAAGUUGUAACUGCAUAAUGUAUAGAUUAACCUGGUAAUAAAUGUUCAUAGGUUUGGAAAUGAAUGGAUUUUUUCUCUUAGACAUAGUGGCACUGUAUUAUGUCAAUUUGGAAUAAGACAUCAAACUGGGAAUUGACAUCAUUUUGACAUCAUUUUGGUGAUUUUCUCAAACAAAACUAUUAAUUUCAUGAUCUGAAUUUAUUUUUGUAAUAUUUUAUCUAUACUACAAGCUUAAUUAGCAAUUUUCCAUGACUUUUUCAUUAACAGUGAUUGUAUUUUCAUCAUUUUUACUGUAUUUUUAAACAGUGGCCAUGCGCCGCAUGUACACAGUUUCAUUUCAUGAGGAUUUAAAAAAAAAAUCAAUAACAAUCCAGUUUUGCAGUAAAAUUAAUUUAAAUGAUGCUAUUAUAAAUGCAAGUAUCUGUUUUUAUUAUAAUUUGUCAAACUAAAUAAAUACAAGAUAUAAAACUGCAUAUUAUGCCCUUUAAAAAACAACAUCAAUUUAUUCCCAAAUUGAUGUCUUAUUCCAACUUCGCAUAAUACAUGUACUGUGUUUAGUCUAUCUUAUGAAGACAUUUUGUUUUAUUGUAAUGUGGCCAUAUUUAUUGUUACAAUGGGUGAGUUUUGAAGCAGAAUAUUGUUGUGCAUACAUAAUCUAGAUUUUAUGUUGACAUUGGCAGCUUAGUUACCAUUAGUGUAAAUAUUUUAUUGACAUGUUAAUGAGGCAUUUCAUUGAGUGAAUGUUGUUUGCUCUUUUUUUGUGGCCUUGAAAGAGAAUUAAUUUGGCGAAAAGACAUACUAUUUGAGUGCAUAUUUCUUGUGAACUACUGUUUCAUUUUUUAUUGGUUUUGAAACAUAAGACAAAUUUUAAGUAUUUUCUAUAUGGGCCACUCUGUGAAAAAGGGGUUUAAUGCAUGUGCGUAAAGUGUCAUCCCAGAUUAUAUGACGUACCCUUUGGGUCAAAAGUACAUAAUUAUACGCUAACAGCUAAGAAUAGAUAUCACCACGGUGACAAAAUUGUCACUGCUGUGACAAUUUUGUCACCGUGGUGAUAUCUAUUCUUAGCAAUUUUGACAAUUUUGUCACCGCGGUAAUAAAUUUAUCACUGCGGUGAUGUAUUUGUAACUGCUGUGAUACUUUGCCUGACCCAUAGAGUUUGAUAAGAGCUAAAUCAAACUGUUCAAUGAAAUAAAGUCUUUCAAAACGGCAAAUGGGCUUCACUUCAAGCUAUGCCUAAGUUUAUAUUCGGCAACGUUGAUAAUAACGAAAACGGAAUUUUUAAAAUCUAAAGAAUAAGUAGGUAGACAUAUCUAUGCUCAGUCUGCAAUUUUGUUUCAUGUAUUGUUAUCUUAGAAUUAUCUAUAUAAAGCAUCCGAUUAUAGUUAAUUAAACGAAGUGCACCGCCAUUUUCAAAAUCUCUGUUUGUUACGGGGCAAAUGAUUGGUUGAAAACUGACCCAAACAAAUAAAUGUAACAGCAGGCAUAAAAAUCUACCAACAGUCAUACUUUGUCACAGCUGUGACAAAUUUUUUACCGCAGUGACAAAAUAGAUAUCACAGCGAUGACAAAAUUGUUACCGCAGUGACAAAUUGUCACCGUGGUAACAUUUUUGUCACUGCGGUGAUAUCUAUUUUUAGCUGUUGGCGUAUUUGUACUUUUGACCCAAAUGGUACGGCAUAAGAUUAGCCUGUGCAGUCUGCACAAUUAGCUUGUACAGUCUGCAUAGGCUAAUCAGGUACGACACUUUCUGCCGAAACUGAAAUUUUGCUAACAAGAGACUUUCUUUAAAGAAAAAACAUCAUAAAAUCGGAAAGUGUCGUCCCUGAUUAGCCUGCGCGGACUGCACAGGCUAAUUUGGGAAGACACUUCCCGCAUAUGCAUUAAACCCCCUUUUCCUAUAGCACUGCUCAUAUCCUUUCAUUGUAUUUUAUGAAUCAAGAUAGACCGGUGAAGAAUUACAUGCUAAGAGAUUUUUGGUUGUUUUCAUAUUGUUGGAUGAUAUUUUUUGCAUGGUUGUAAUAUAUGUAUAUCGUAACAUGUAUACCUGUGUUGGUGCAUUUAGUGAUGAAUUUUGAGGUCACAUGCUGCCAUGUGUUUGUGUAAUGUUAUUGUUACUUGAUUUUGUUGUAACACUGUGGCCAGGUGUUCAGUUCAUACCUUUAAAACCCUUAAAGUAAAUUUUUUUUUUACACAGCUGACAUUUAUAAAACUUAUUUCCAAGUAUUGCGCUAUUUGCUAUGUAAUUGCCAAUUUAAGGAAAGAUGAAUUGUGUGUUAGUAAAUGUAGUGUUGGUAAUGUCAAAUCUUUGACUUAUUUUUAAAUGAUUUCAGCAUGUAUGGUCCAGGACAUCAAGUUUAAACUGUAUAUAUUCUUUAUUCAAGUAAAUUUUUGUUCACAGGGUCGUAAAUAAUAACCUCAUUCAGAGAACGUCAGAUCACAAGAUCUGUUUUGUUGUCAAUUUGAAGUUAACCCAUAUAUGCCUAGCGCCUUGAAAAAAGGCCUUGGCAAACAGCGUAGACCCAGAUGAG